GAAGAUGAGAGAUGGGCUGAUGUUAAUGUCGUCAGUAGCUUGCUGAAACUUUUCUUUAGGAAACUGCCAGAGCCACUUAUAACUACCUCCCUGUACAGGCCGGCCAUAGACGCGAUACGGCACACGACAGAGGUCGAUAGGGUCAGAGAGCUUAAAAAAAUUCUCCACAAACUGCCCGUCCACCAUUUUGAAACUUUCAAGUAUCUCUCCAGGCACCUUAAAAGAGUUGCUCUGAAGGGUGAUAGUAAUAAAAUGACGGCCAACAACAUAUCUAUAGUUUUUGGGCCCACCUUAAUUUGUUCUCGCGAGGAGCAUGAUGUAAACAGUCUAAUCGUCGACAUGCCUGAUCAGUGCAGAGUUGUCGAAGCCUGUAUCAAUCAUGUUAGUUGA